GCUGUCUGUCUGUCACUGUGUGCUGAUUAUUUUUCCAAAGCGAAGUCGGUGCUGGGAACAGUAUUUUCCUAGCCCUCCGAUUUGACUUUCUCCCUUGCACUUUCAUACUCUCUCUCUCUGGCCAAAACGUCAACCAAAUCACAACAGAAGAAGUAUGUCAAACCAGGCAGCCACUGUCGGCACUGAAGUGCCCUCGUCAACGAAGCUCUCUCUCACCCACCUCAAACGCGAUAUCUUCUCCGCCCCGGCAGGUAGCGUGCUCAUCCACGCCUGCAAUGCUCAGGGCAGCUGGGGCUCUGGUAUAGCCCUCGCCUUCCGCAACAGCUAUCCCUCGGCCUAUCAAGUCUACCGCUCGCACUGCCUUACCCGGCACAAUCCACGCACAAAUCCAGUUCGGACUGGAACAUGCCUGUUGAUCCCGCCCUGUGAGACCAAGGCCGGCAUCCCCGCGCAUUGGAUUGCAUGCCUUUUCACCAGUGCAAAGUACGGAAAAGCCAAGGACCCGCCGAGUGUGAUCCUGCGGAACACGAAAGCUGCCAUGAAGGACCUGCUCAGGCAAGUGAAAACCAGGAUGGAAGCCGGCAAGGAACUGGGAUCGCUAGUCAUGUGCAGGAUCAACAGUGGGAAGUUCGCAGUCAAGUGGGGGAGAACCGUCGAUGUGCUGGAAGGCAUUGUGGUUGAGGAAGGCGAGGCGAGCAACGUCGAGGUCUGGUCUCUUGACGAGGAUUGAGGGUGCCAGGGAUUUCACGUUCUCAGGCUGAGCCAGCUGGGAAGCCAUCCGGGCAUAUGACUGCUUUCAGAGGAGCGUGUCACUGACGAGUUGAGGGAAUCAAUGAACAUGUAGUACAAGAUCCGCUUC